AAUCAAAACCGUGGUGGACAAAACAUGAAUCGUGGUAAUCAACAGAACCAGAACCGUGCUGGUGGUAACAUGAACCAAGGCAACAACAUGAAUCAGGCCGGCGGCGGAAAUGUUAAUCGCCCUCAGCAAAAUAAGCCAAUGAACAUGAAUACCGGUAACCAAAAUCAAAAUAGAAACAACCAGGUUGGUGGCGGCGGCAAUAUGAACCGCAACCAAAACCAAAAUAACCGCAACAACUUCGACAAUGACAAUUCCUUUGGCGGAGGAAACAACUUUGGCAACAACCGCAACAACAAUUUUUCCAAUGACAGUUUUGGUAGCAACGAUAAUAACUUUGGUGGUAACAAUAGUGGUAGUAACAACUUCUCGAAUGACAACAACUUCGGUGGUAAUAACCGUGGUAACAACUUCGGUGGUAACAAGCGCAACCAGAACGAUAACUUUAAUAACUCGUUCGGUAGCGGAAACAACAGCGGUGGAAACAAUCGCUUCAAUAACGAUGGAAACAAUUUCAAUAGCAAUUUUAACAACCGCAACCAAAACAAUCGUUUUGACAACGACAACGAUAACAAUUUUACUGGUAAUAAGGGUGGUAACAAUUUCGGCAACCGUCAAAACAAGCCCUUCAAUCAGGGAAACAAUCAGGGUGGCAACCAGGGAGGCGGUAUGUCCUUUGGUGAAUUUAACAACUCCAAUUCCUCCAACCGUAGUGGUGGAAACUUCGGUGGAAACAAUUCCGGUUUCAAUUCUGGCAACGCCGGAGGAAACAAGUGGAACAACAAUUCCCAGCAAUCCAAUACUGGCAGCCGCCUCGCUGGUAGCAUUUUUAGCCGACGCUUCUAAACAGCUAAAACCAAGAAAAGUUAAUUUUUACAAGCAAUUUGUGUCUUGUAUAUAAAAUCAUUAGCUUCCCUUAAUCCCACCGUUAACAGGGAUGACGGAAAUCUGUCUGGGAAGCGUACUCUUUCUAGGUUUAGGCAGAACAAACUAAUGUAACUUAAUUUUAAGUAAACCACAAACUUCUUAAACCAGAAAUAAACUUAUAACAGUGAGACGAAUGAAAAUAACCAUUUUGCCGUUCUUUUUACAACAUUUGACUACUUGAUUAAUGAAAAGACACAAAUUAUAAUCUCACAUCCAGCAAAAUAUCCAAUUCUUGAAAUGAAAAAUUCAAUGUUCAAUAAAAGAAAAAGGUAGAUCUAUAGCAGUACCAUUAAAAUAAAGUUUGCCAGGCCUGAUGGAACCCUGACAUCCACAGAAGUAUUUAUUAUUUUAUUUUAACAUUAAACAAAAAGCUUAGGAACCAUCGUAAGCUGCGAAGUAUUGUUCUAUUCGUUAUUGGAAAGGAAAAAGUUUGAUAGCAGCAUUCAACAUGAAAGAACAAGUUUAAAUUUCAUUCAAGAAAUAAACAUUUGAAAACGAUGUAACUCCACACUCACACAAAGUAGCGCAGUGUUAAUUGUUGUAUUGGCAGCAGUUAUGCAACAACUGAAAAAGUACUCAGAAACGCUGACGAACACAUCUUACUGCGGUUAGGCAUCCUAUCCCCCCAUAUAUUCACUUAGAUGAAUAAUGCUAAUAUGUAGAUCUCCUCGCGUUUCUGUGCGAUGGACAUGUAACUGUAAGAAUAUGAUUUUAGUGUAAAACUGAAAUAAAAUGUGCAACACUGAAGUAAAAUGAAUUUUAUAUUGUUCUUUUGAGUAUACAUAUAUAUCAAUUCCACCAAUAACUAAACAAAAAGCAUUUGACUAUAGUGUCCUUUGCUAACCUUUUUCGUGCUGAAGAACUGGCAGCACACUUGUAAAUUGAGCUAUGAAUUUAAAAUAAACCAUUAAAUUAGUUUUAAAACAAUGAUUGUUUCAUUCCUGCGAUAAAUUGAAAGUGUGCUGCUAUAUCUCACGCGAAUGCCUGCAUCAUCUACAAGCUUUGCUCUUAACUUCCGUGUCAACAGUUGUUUUCAGAUAUUUGCUUCCGAAAACAUUAAAAUUCAUUUGUUAAAUUCCGCGAUUUUUUUCCUUCGCUUUCGUUCGGUUAAUAUCACACUUGGUCAAGUUUCAUUGUCGAAAUAAACUGAUCUAGAUUUUCUUAAAUCGCGUUACAAAGUCAUGCAUUUUUUUACUUGGAAAACUGCUUGUGCAAAGUGAUAUUUCUACAGUUGCCGAAUUACCACCACGUACGAAAUGAACCGGAAGUGCUCAUGCGCAUUGCUAUUGCGCAAUUGCGAGAAAGAAAGAAACAGUGAGGUUGAAUUUCUGCUGCAGGAGAGAAAGCGAUAGCUUUGGCGAAAUUUUAAUUGUUACAAUUCAUCAUAGUUAAUGAGGACAAGCAAAAUAGCUGCUGAUGCUCUCGAAAAACAAACUCUUCCAUAAUCGUAAGUACCAACAAUACCACUAUCAAAAAUUAUUUUGGCAAAAGGGAAAGGUUCUGUAAGCCUAACUCUCCGUUGUCGAAAAAAUGUUGCAGAACAACUUUUAUUUAAAUAUUUACAAAUUAUUUGUUCUAGUUUUUGCCAUUAGAAGGAAAGAAACGAAAUUAUUUUAAAUUUUGCUCCACCACCAUUAGCCACCGCCAUUUACCACGAUACGUACGUUUUAGGUUCGAAUUCCAACAAAAUGCUUAGGUAUUAUUUGUCAUUUGAUUCACACUCUUGUUUGAUCAAUGGAAAUGUGUAACUACUAUUAGCAGUUUGAUUAAUUUCUGUUUUUCACCGUCAAUAACUUAUCAUACCAACUGUUUGGAUUGAGACGAUUUUGAAAUAUUGAUUUCAUUUUUCCGAUACAUCUCUCAAAAAGUUGUUUUAGUAAAAAUCAUUCGCAUGUUUUUUCCGUUGAUCAAAUUAAAUUGCUAAGAAGAAGAAAGUUUUAUUAAAAUUUGAUUAUUCUUAAACUUGUAAAAAAACAUCCAGAUUAUCCAGGUGCAGACUUUUCAUUACAUUAUCAUAAUCUCUGUGAGCAUAUUUUGAAGAUCAAUUUCAAAUUUUAAUUAAAAUUUAGUAGUUAUUUAAAGAAAAUAAUCACAAAGGAAAGUUGUCUUGCUUUUGUGACAUUUGACAUCUAACUGGGUUUCCUCCAUCGUACUUUCGUAUGAAAGGUCUCAAAAGAUUGAUACAUAUUCCAGAAUACCACUGGUAUAUUAUUUGUCGAAUUUCAUACAUUUGGCCGAGGAAAUAAUCCCAUUUAUAAUAUGAUCAUUGGGGUUCCCGAUUUGUUUUUCACCAUACCAAAUAGAUUGUAGCUUUCCGCUUCAAACCUCAAUUUGCUCUAUGUCAAAAUCCACCCUAGAUGUAUUACCAAGACUUCUUUUUCAAUAACGGUGGAUGAAUGAGUUAAAAUGAUUCCCUACGGUUGAUUGGAAAAGGUUAAAUUCACAUUGAUAAUGAAAACUGUACUUGGAUAGUCGGAAAGCUUCUGUAUCAAUAUACAAUUAAUGAAUUUGCCAAAAACAAACCUGUCACAUUUCCUUCAUAUCCAUUUUCCAACGAUGAUUACUAAACUAUUGAUCUCCUUUUAGCCCAUGAGAAGCGCGUGCCUAUUCUGCGCGGCGUGUGAGGUGACACGAGUCGAAUGAGGUGACAAUUGUCGACUCGCUCCCAUUUGAUUAACAUUAGUCGUCUCACGUCACUCGCGGUGAGAGCGACUCGUCUCUACUCACACGCCGCGCAGAAUAAGCACGGCGAUAUCUGGUUCCUGUUUGGUAAGAUUUGGUGUCGUUUAUAUGGUCAUAUUACUUUAACAUUUAUGUGUCUAUGGUAAGAAACUGAUGGUUAGUCAAUUCAUGUGAGCGUUGAUUAAGUU